AUGGCGCUCAAAAAGUAUAGAAUUUCGAAAAAGCAACGAAUUGAAAAGUUGCAAAAGCAAACUGAGCAGGAUCAGCGACAAGAAGAAGACGACGUUUCGAGCGGUAAUUACAUAGAAUUGUAACAAUACUCAAAAAAUAAAUAGUUUUUCAGAAAGUGAAAAAGAAAAUGAAGACACAGAAAUAGAAGAAGCCGUCAAUCUCGAUGAUCACUGCACAGAAACCACGUCGACUAAAAGAAGUGAGUGAAUGGAAUGAAAUUUUCAGAUUUUGAGCAUAACUAUUAGAACUUUCUAUUGCAGAAAAGCUUUGGAGCAUGCUGUCGUUCAAAGAUUCAUAUCGAAUUUACUUUCUCAGCUCAUCGGUAGCAAUAAAAACAGGUGAAUUUUACAUUUCAAAAUAAUAUUUGUAGGCGAGAAUUACAUUUUCAGCCGAACACUUGUUUUUUCGGGCAGAGCAAGUUGUGAAUUAUGACGUUUCUGAUGGAAUCAACUCAGAUGAAGGACAUCAUCUGCUGCUCAUCUUUUGUGAAAGGAGAAAACGAGUAAGUUACUCAAUAACGUGAGAAACUUGUUGAAAAACACGGAUAUUCCAGUAGAUAGAAAUGAAAAUGUUCUUUCUUUAGAAUUGUGUGCGCCGUGCGCGCCAAACUCCCGUACUUCAUAGAGAUAACGAUUUUUUCCAGAUAUCAAUGCUCCCUUCCGAUCAGCGCAUUUAUCGAAUUCUGACACGGUCGACUACGUUGUGA